AUGAGCGGCAUUCACAGGUUUCUCACUAGGCGCGAGCGAAAUAGCAGAGAUGGAAAGAAAGACGAGUCUUCGAAUAUUCUUUCCCGUCCCCUUUUCCGUGGCUUCUUUUCGUCGACCCAAGCACCAAUAGAUACAGACGAGGAACAGCAGAAGAAGGUCAAGCUCCUUGAGCGUCGCAUCGCGCAGCUCGGUAUCACCAAUCUUAAAGAGGAGCACUUUGGCUAUGCCCUACAAUCAUCGCAUGCCCAGGGAGAUGUAGACAAAGCGUUUGACUUACUACUACUUCUCGAGGACUCUAUAGAAGGGAUCAUAAGGGGAUAUACGCCAAGUACGAAGCUUCUGGGAGCAGAGAAUCGUCAAGGAGUUACCUGCUAUUUAGACGCACUUCUUUUUGCGAUGUUUGCUCGUUUAGAUUGCUUUGAGGCUAUCCUAUACAAAUCCUUCAAUGACGAGCCUCGUCGAAAACUUGUCAUACUGUUAAGGCUCUGGGUCAACAUGCUGCGGUCAGGAAAACUUAUAACAACGGACCUCGUACGUGUGCUAUUUCUGCUUACGCUGCAACGAGAAGAGACACUGACGGGAUGUCUGAAGACCAAACACCUGCAGGACGCACUAGCUGAAUGUGGCUGGGAAGAUGCUGCUAAGCUACGUCAGCAAGAUACGUCGGAAGCGUUCACAUUUAUUACAGGAAAGCUGGAGUUGCCGCUCCUUACUUUAAAAAUGGACAUCUAUCAUACGGGGAAGGAAGAUGCAAGCGAUGACCACAAGUUUGUUAAUGAAAGGUUACUAGAGGUUGCGAUACCGGAGCCUCAUGAUGGAAACACUGUCACACUCGAGGAUUGUUUGGAAUCAUACUUCAACAAUCGGAUAGAAGUGAAACGACACCUUGAACGGCGUAACACUGUGGGAUCUACUAAAUCGGUAGACUCAUUAUCGAAGGGUUUCACGACGCACGUCGAGACAGUGGAAAUUAGUCCAUCCCCUUCGACAUCCCCGACAACCCUAUCACCUCCUCGACUUGAUGAAGUGACCCCAAUCUCGUCGGUGACGGAAACAAGUGGCUCAAACACACCUAAGCCCAGGCGAAGCAGCAUCGUCCAAGAACGUUUUAUUCCUGACUCAGAAGGCGAUGGAAACAUGACAUCACAACGAAGAGGCUCAUAUCGGAAAGAGGUCAUGAUGCCUGCAUGGCAGUUCUUUAGUUUGAUACCUUGGUAUACGGAUAAUACACCGACCAAUGAUGCACAGGUUGCAGCACAUUUUUCGUCAAAACGACCAAUACUGGGAUUGUGCCUAAAGCGUUAUUCUAUGUUACCAAACGGUAAAGCCGUCCGACUUAAUACCUUCAUUGAUAUACCAACAGAGAUUGGACUACCCCAUUUCAUCCAAGAUGAUAACUUGGACGAAGAGGGUCCGAUAUACGGGAAUUUUAAGCUGUCCUUGCAGGCAAUGAUUUGUCAUAGAGGCAACUCGGUUGACUCAGGGCAUUACAUUGCUAUUGUUAGGGGCACUAGUGCUGGUGCUCCCCCAACUAGCUCUCAUAGUUCGGAGACAGCCUUUUCGGAUACCACCAAAUAUUGGAUGCGAUUUGAUGACUUGGCCGCGGAGCGUGUGACUUUAGUUGAUAUUGAACGAGCCCUGAAGCACGAGUCGCCGUAUCUUCUAUUUUACCAAAUCCUGCCGGUCAAUGAAGAUGCUGCGGCGGUCAAUCUCCCAGACACGGCGCCUUCUUCUGAAAUGUCAGAUGAUGUUCAGGAAAUAGACAUCUCGGCAAUAUCCCAGAAAUUAAGCACCUCGGGGGGUGAUCUUCCUGAAAGUUGGCAUACGGAGGGACUCCGCUCGAACAGACCGAGCUUUGAAAUCACCGCCCCGGAUAAUGCAGAAAUCCUGCCUCUGGAGCAGAAUGACAGAAAACAUAGUGUGGCCUUCUCCGACGCAGUUGAGUCGAAUGCCUCUGGAGGACUUCAGGUACGAGCGGUGCCAUCGACGUCACCGAGACUUGGCCCAAGAGACGAUGAUAGAGGGAGGAACUCCUUCUCAUUUUCUCGGCAUACCUCAAGGAACCGGAGAAGCGCACCUGGCAGCCGUGCGGGGAGCCAAACUAGCGAAAGCAGAAUUAGUGCUACAUUCUCACGUUUCACCGGUCGACGCAGCAGGGAUAAAGUCAACGGCGAUGGCUUCUCGACUGAGGACGAUGAGUUUGCUGUUGAGAACAUGCCACCAGGCGAGGGGGCUAUGUCAACAAGCAGUGAAAGCAAUGAGAAAAGUCCUACACGCGGAAAGGAAAGCACCAAGAACAAAGGGAAGUCUAAGGAGAAGUCCAGGGAGAAGAUUGGGCGAAAGCUGGAGCGGGAGUGCUCUGUAAUGUGAACGAUGCAUCUUUGACAGUUCCAUGAUUGAUGCUUUUCAUGAUUCCACACUUCUAGAGAGAGGUGCUUGAUACCCAGCCACUUGUUAUUUAUCUCAGCCACGCAAAUUCGGGCUGGUGUUACUGUGUAUAGACUAUGAGCGAAUGCAUUAGAAAUAGACUUUAGGGGCGGGAUUCUGUAUAACAAGGACCCUGGAUGUUGUACGGUGGUAGACCGGUCCACAGUAGGUAACUGGUUGUGCUAUAAGAAAUGCUUCAUUGAUAGAACAAGACCAGUGUGUGCCUCAGGCAAGAAGAGUCAUGCCAAGGCAUCAACAGCUGUCUUAGCUUCCCCAUCCCGCCCUAUCGGUAUCAAUCGCUCAGUCAACAGCUUGACACAAGCUCGUUUAGCAAC